AUGUAUCACACCUCAUCCGCUGCUCAUUAUAACCCGGCGGCUCAACCUAGGUUAUAUCAACCUCCGACACCCCUUCCACGAGCGCCUUACAUACCAAGAACACCCGCUAUGGAUCCAUUCGGAAUGUCAACCUCACCAUCAUCACCGGUGUUCGCUCACGAUCAGAAUCCAGCUGCGUCAGCAAGCACUUCGUCAUCCUACACAAACCCUUUUAUCCCCUCCAGAUCUACCUACAUGUCGCCUCAGAUCAACCAGCAAUUCGACAACCUCACUACGAGUACACCUGGUCUUCCGCCUCCCCAUCAGGUCGGAUCUUCCAGUAGCACCGAAAGGCCGGUGACCGUAUAUGAAUGGGGACCAAGAGAAGGAACUCAGGGAACCCAAAUUGUCAUCAAGGCAGACGUAAAUCUCCCUUCUUCAACACCGCCUCCCAACCCAGAUGGUUCUUCACCUAACCCUUCACCUCAAAGCAAACCUACAAAAGCUCUUCGAGUGGUCUUCGGUGGUCAUCCAGUUCAGACAGCUGUCACUACAGUUGAUAUGUCGAACAACUCGCAAGAGAGUCAAUACUAUCAGCUUAUGGCGACGGUUCCGAGUUUCUCUAGUACUGGUACGGCGUCACAGGGAUACGGGAAUAAGGUGAAUGUUGCGGUACAGGUUCUGGCAGGAGAUUUCGCGAUAGUAGAAACGGUACAAUUGGGAGACUUUAUGUACACUAGCAUAGCACCAAAAGGUAACCCUCUCAAACGAGCUGGAGAAUCUCUAGAAUCUACCCGACCUUCUCCACAUCAAAUACAUCGACGAGUCAUCUCGACCAGCUCUGCUCCAUACACAACACCCGAGAUGCAACAGUACGCCACGAUACCCUCGGCUUAUCACCCAAGUCCUUCUGGAAGAUCUGUGUCCGAUUCCGUCGCUUCAUGGCAACACAGCCCUUACGCAGCCACCGGUACCUCCGUCCCAUCAAUCUCUCAUCCAGCUCCACCUCCAUAUACCCCCGGUCUUCAACCUAGUCUGAUGAGAUCCACUCAACUCGGACCUGGUAUGCCUGCACCUACGCCAUAUGUCAAUUCUGGUCAAAAGGCGAGCCUAGAGAUGGCAGGAGAUCUGAUGACUAUGUCAAAAGGAUGGACUCAAGACGAAUGGCACGCACGUCGUAGAUUAGUUCAAUUCUGGCGAAGACAAGAGGGAACAACCAUACAUGCUGCAUUCAAGCCUAUCUCCCAAGCUGAUUAUCCCGCAUAUCAACAAUCCAUCAUCAUCUCUUGUAUUUUCCGAGAAGACAAGAACGUAUGUUACGUCACUUCCGUCGAUGCUAUAUAUCUUCUUGAAGCCUUGGUCGGAACUCGAUUUACCGUUGAGGAGAAGAACAGGAUUAGGAGGAAUUUGGAAGGAUUCCGACCAAUUACGAUCUCAAAGAGUAAACCUGGAAAUGAAGAUUUCUUCAGAUUGAUCAUGAAUUUCCCAAAUCCCCGACCGAGAAAUAUCGAAAAAGACGUCAAGGUAUUCCCCUGGGAGAUUUUGGGACAAGCUCUCAAGAAGAUCAUCGGGAAAUAUUCCGCAAGCUUCCCAUAUCCCUCUAGUCCCAUGCCACCUCCCCCACCACCUUCUCAGACAUACCAACCUGCUCAAAAUUUCGGUAUACCUGGACCAUUACAACCGAUGAUACCCUCUUCUACACCCGACGACGAUUAUAUCAAGCAUGAUUAUAGCGGUUCGGCCAUGUCAGUCGGACCACCUACAACCUCUGGUUCGGCACCUCACCUAGCCUCACACUCCAGUUCCGAUUCGUCAUCUUACGCGCAUUCCUCUUAUCCUCCUCAUACACCUUCACAGCACUCCAACUCGCCUACCGCUUAUCGUACCAACACCAAUCCGAACACGAAUACGGCGAAUACCCCUCAUGGUGGACAGACAGACGAGAAAGGCAGUUCGUACUUGAACCUCUCACCGCCAUAUGGUCAGACAGGUAAUCAAUGGAUUAACUCUGGAGAUCCGAAUGAUGGAAAUAGCGGAUCAAGCAAUUAUGUCAUUCCUGGAAAUCUGGUGUAUUCGGAUCAACCUCAUCAACUACCUCAUGUCCAUCAGAACGUAUCGAGACAACCGAAUCCUAAUGAUCUGAGGAUCAACUAUCCGGGAAUGUCAACGUAG